AUGCUGGAAAUUCUCAAUAGUUUCUUCUAUGAAAUCUUGGCCGGCAUCUGGGUCCGCAAUGGUCUACAAAUUAAGGGACAAGCCAUGACCUAUAUACAAGCAAAUUUCUGCAAUUCCAUGGCCGAUAUGGAUCUGUUCUUUUUACAAAUUUGUGCCACCAAUAUGCCGCAGUGUUUCUUCCUCCACAAUACCAUUGAGAUGUUUGGCGUGGCCCAAUGGCUGGAAACGGCACCGCUAAAGCAAACCCAAAAAAUGGAACAAACCUCAAUGUUGGAAGGCUUUCUGACAUUCCUCGCCACAUUGGUCACCAGUCGUACAAAUUUGGGCAAUGAUGAGGCCACCCAGUGUAUCAUUGAAAUUAGUGCUCUCUUGGCGACGGAAAAUAAAACCCAUUCUCAGCUGUUGGAGUUGAUGCCGGAACGUUCGGGCAAUGUGCAUACGAAAAAUUUCGAAACUUUCCUAAAACAGCUUUCCGUUUAUAAGGCACCAUCGGCUGGUUCGGAAAAUCUCGAACAAGGUCUUUUCACUCCCAUCGAUCAGGUGUGGGAGGAAUACUAUGACCCGCUGCAUGUCCUCUUGCGUGCUGUACAUCGUCGUGAUUUCCAAUCUUCGUUGGAUCGUUUUACCAAUUAUGUCAAGUCCAAGAAUCGUAUGCCGGCCAGCGGAAAUCUGUGGCCACCAUUCCGUUUACCUCGCCCUGUGGGUGCCGCUUUCAGUGAUCCCUGUCGCAUCCUCAAUUCUCGUAUCUUCCAUUCGACCAUUUUAUCGAUUUUGUAUCGUGCUGUACAUUCACGUGAUGUAUCCGAACACCUAUUAGCCUUAGCAAUAUUCCUCUUGGAAAUUGCCGUCGAAACUAGCGAAGAUACCAAACCGUCAGGCGGUGGCAGUGAUAAGGCUGCCGUGGUGGAGUGUGAAGACCAACAAAGACCCUGCUAUCCCUUUGGCAUGCGUCGAGAUCCACCUAAGCUCUUCAAAUGCUAUCCAACCAACAAUCUUAGCUGCAAUCUGAGGCAUGUGGUUACGAAAAUCUCCCUGAAGUCACAGGAUCCACAAGUAACCCCAGCCCAUUAUAGACCAUCGAAUCCAUUUUACACAGAUGUUGAUUUCGAUAUUGAUGAUACGCCCAGUAUGGAUAUUACACCGGCCUGGGGAUAUGGUGUUGGUGGGGGCGAUCGCAAUUUGAGUGUAGUGCAUAGCUCUUCCGCACCCAAUGCCGGGGCUGCCACCUCAACCGCAAUUGUGCCUAUGCGUUUGCAAAACAUGGAAGUUGCACUGCCAGCAGAUUUAUCUGUAGUACCCGAAACCGGCCUAGUAAUACGGCAAGAUAGCCAAGAGGAUGAUUCCGUACGUGAGGUGGGAAAUGCAAUUGCUGGAGCGUCGGGAGGCGCCGUCUCCAGAUCGCCCGCAGUGGAAUAUCGUUUCUCCUUACAACCCAUCACAAUGCCUACGCCAGAGAAUACGGGCAUGGAAGUAGUUUUACGUGAUAGCCAGGCUGCAGGUACAUCAAAUGCGGUUCAGACAACCACCGCCACACAACAUCAAAGUCAAACACAGUCGGAUAUGUUAACACCUACAACGCCCAAUGCCAUGGGCAGUCUUAUACCAUUUCCCCGCGUCCAACCUGUGGCCGUACCAAGCACGAAUAUGGACAUAAUACCCUCCAACCCGGGUGCAUUGGGUGUGGGUCGUACACGCCUUGCCUAUGAGGUCAGUAAUCGCAAGCGGUCGGUGGAGAAUGCCAUAGAUGGCAAUGGCAAAGAUGAUGUUGUCAUUGAGGAAAGUAUAAUCUCGUUGCUGCUGAAGUUGCACUCCCAGCUAAGUGGCACCCUCGACAGUUUCUCUAUCAGUGAGGAUGAUGAUCAGGAGGAAGCUGAGACGACAAACCAAUCAUCUGCCAUGGAUGUAGACUGUGAAGAUUCCACAGAGGAACCUUCUACUUCUUCGGCAGCCAAAGCAGCGGCUGCCUCUAGUCAAAGCAAGAAGCGUAACAUUAAAGUCUCCGAUUCUCGAGUUGGUGAUGGGCCAUUCUUUAUAGGAAAUCUCCUAAGGAAAAUUGCCAAAAACGAUGAAUUGUGUGCUCAGAACAUCGAUGAGAUACGGCGUAAACUGUGGCCAAAUCAACGAGAAAAACAAGCCGAGGCGAGGGCUCGCGAGGCGAAGGAAAAGGAGGAACGACGCAAACGGGCUCGCGAGCGGCAAAUGAAAAUGAUGCAGGAAUUUGCGAACAAACAAAAAGAAUUCAUGCAAACGGCAGCUGCCUCCAAUUUGGAUGCUGGCAUGGAGGAGGAGGAAGAACUCUAUGAAGAACAACCCCGCGAAAAGGAAUACGAUUGCAUCAUUUGCAAUUGUACCACACCCAGCACCGAAUCGAAUCCCAUCGGCCUGGUUGUCCUUGUCGAAUCGAGUGGCAUUGUUGGACAUCGUCGCCGCACUAGUGAACGACUACCCCUACCAUUGAGUCCCGAAGAUGAAGAGAGACUGAAACAUAGCAGCCGUCUGGCAACGGAAUUUAAUCGUCGUACCGAACUGCUUAGUUUGAAAUUCGGUGAGGAGUCAUGGUAUCUUUCAAAUAAUAUGGCCUAUGAGAAUGGUGUACAUGUCCAAUCGUGCGGUCAUCAUGUUCAUCUUAGCUGUUUGGAUGCUUACUUGAAGACCCUAUAUGCCAGCCAAAGACAACAUCAACAUGAGAGGGGUGAAUUUUAUUGUCCCGUGUGUAGGCAACUAUCGAAUUCGGUAUUGCCGUUGAGUCCACAGCUGGAUCGUCCAACGCCAGUUGUACGUUCGGGUCAGCAACCAUUCGAGCAGUUGGUAGCCGAAUUAACGAAUCUUAUUAAGGAGAAUGAAAAACCACCGAUCUCAACAAAACUAUCCGAAGCCAUGGGUCGUGCAAUGGAAGAUAUGACAAAUAUAACGCAUCGUAAAAUGAAACGUGUACCGCCAACGUUCCGUAGCCUUUUUAUAUUCGUUACCUCAAUAGCUCGAACCAAUUUAGAAUCGGAAAUUAUACAACGUGGCGGAACUCUGUGUUCCACAAAUCCAACCCGGUAUAAAGCAAAACGUGACUGUAUUGUACCCCUGCUGCACGUGCUAUCUGUUCAUGUACGGGUACUAGUCGAAUGGCCACUAUGGAGUUCAUGGGCCUCACUGGCCGGUAUGCCGGUUACGGAUAUUGCAUCGGUGCCUUCACAUUGUCGUGAAGUAAUACCAGCAAUUUUGGCCGAUCCCAUUGCAUUGCUAUUGAAAUAUAUACUCUUGGCUCCAUUACAUUUAGAUCAGGAAUAUUUCACCUGUAUGGUAAAGGUUAUGUACAAUUUAUUGUACUAUCAAAUUGUUGUGCAGCUUUGUGUUACCCUGACUGAUCUCGAAUGUGAUUAUAUUUUGGCCAAUUUUGAUGCUUCCCCCUCGGCUGAGUCACAAUCCGCUGCUUCCAAUCGACGCAAUUCGAUGCGUUCAUCACCCCAUGAAUAUUUGGGUCGCGCCAUGGCCUUAGUUUUGAAAAACACCAAUCGAAUGUCUCAUUUAAGGCGUGACAGUAUACCUUCCACAUCGGCGGCGGCAGCUGCUUCUGCUAUGAAUGCCGCCACGACAGCUGCUGGAACAAGCACUAGUUCUAGUGGCAGUAGUACUGCUGCUGCUACUGGUACACCACUACUAGCUGGCGUUGAAGUUAAUCUCAAAUCAAUGGAAAAUAAAUUGCAAACUCUAUGCUUACCAUUCUUACGGAUUGCCGCUUUGUUGCGUCAACAUUUGUAUCGACAUGAAAUGCCAGAAAUUUCAGCACCCGGCUUGGAAUUUGUUCGUUUAGUUUAUUAUUUGGAAUUGGUAACGGACUCCAUGGAUUGGGAUUGUUUUAAUGCCUCAAAGGGUUUGUGCUUUAUACCCGGAGGAUCGGAGGAUACACUGCCCAAAUUCUGGUGUAAACAAUUAAUGAAUAUUCGACCACCAACGGACACGGUUCGCGAAUUGGUUAUACUCAAUCAACAUGCCUCGUGGCAUCAACCAAAACUAUUGCAAUUACCAAGAGAAUAUGAGCGUUUGUUCACGUACUACCAUGAACGACCAUGCCUGAAUUGUUAUAAAGUACCUAAGGAAAGCUCUAUUUGUUUGCUGUGUGGUACCAUUGUGUGUCUAAAACAAAACUGUUGUGCCGAAAAUGAAUGCUGUGAAGCGGUCAGGCAUACCAUAACAUGCGGCGGUGGCAUUGGUAUAUUCCUGGUUGUAACAUCAACAUACAUAAUUGUGAUAAGAGGUCGUCGUGCAUGUCUAUGGGGUUCGCUCUAUUUGGAUGAUUUUGAUGAAGAAGAUCGAGAUUUAAAACGUGGCAAACCGCUGUACUUGAGUCAGGAUCGUUUCAAUUUAUUAGAGUCUCAAUGGUUAUCGCAUAAAUUUGCCCAUACCAAACAUACAUGGGUAUUCCAUAGAGAUUUGUUGUGAAAUAUGCAAGAAUUACUACGCAAUAUUCAAGACAUGAUAAUAGACCUAUGAGGAGAGGU